ACUCACUAGAGAGCUGCCUGUGCCACGGCUGAGAGGAUAAUUUCCUCUUUCUUUCUUCCACUCGUGGUGCUACUACUUACCCAGCCCAGAUUCUCUUUUUACCACUUUCCUUUUUUUUUGGUCUUCUUGUCGAGUAACAGAAUACCAACCCAACUCAUAUCCUUCACUGAACAGAAUCUUUGUUGCUGCAUAUGUUCUCACUACAACUACUUCUUCCUGUUGUUCUGUCUGGUUUAGAUUUGCUCAUAGUUCUUCCAGACGCGUAUAAUAUAACAGUUCACAAAAUCAAAUUUUUGUUGGCAAUGUUUCUGCAAGACGGGCAUAUUGGGUUUACGGAUACAAGCACUAGCAAUCCUUCCUGGAAGUUCCUCUUUUUGUUUUUCAUCUAUACUGUUCUUAUGUGUUUCGGAUCGUGAUAAAAGUUUGCAAAUUCAGAUUUACUAGGCUUUGUUGGAUACAAAUCUUGAAGGCAAGUUCUCGAUAUGGAUGAUGGAAAUGGUCCUAAUUUUAUUCCUGAUUCUGCUUUCGAGAACUUCUCUGGCUCUUCCAUGGACUUGAAUUUCAUGGAUGAGCUCCUGUAUGAAGGAUGUUGGUUGGAGACUGCCGAUGAGUUCAACUUUUUGCAGGCUGGUGCCAUAUCCUCUAGUGAUCUAAAUGACCCUCGGCAAUAUUUUCCUCUUUUUGAGCCCAGCAGCAGUAAUUCGAAUGUAAAUUCUCAUCAAGAGAACUAUCAAGGUGUGGAUGAACUUGGUGGGAUUGGAUCCCAAAACCAGAAUAUUCGUUCUUUAGACCAAUCCGGAAGUUUUCCAGUUGAGAGCAAUGAAUUGGAUAGAAGAUUGUGGAUUGCACCAACUGCAACAGGACCAUCUUCUCCGGUAAGAGACAGAUUGAUGCAUGCCAUAGGACAGGUGAAAGAAUGCACCAAGGAUAGGGAUGUCCUUAUUCAGAUAUGGGUUCCGGUGAAGAAAGAAGGCAAGAAUGUCCUUACCACUAUUGGCCAGCCAUACUUGCUCGAUCGUAAAUGCCAGAGUCUUGCAAGUUACAGAAAUGUAUCAAAAGACUUUCAGUUCCCAGCAGACGAGGACUCAAAAGAGUUGGUUGGUUUGCCUGGCCGAGUUUUCUUGAGGGAGUUGCCUGAGUGGACUCCAGAUGUUAGUUUCUUCAGCGGGGUUGAGUAUCUACGUAAAAAACAUGCGAAGCAAUUCAAUAUUAGAGGAUCCUUCGCAGUUCCUGUUUUUGAACAGGGCAGCAGGACUUGUUUGGGGGUUAUUGAGGUCGUAACGACCACUCGAGACAUCAGUUAUCGUCCAGACCUAGAAAAUGUCUGCAAAGCUCUUGAGGCUGUUGAUCUUAGGAGUCCGCAAGACUUCUGCCCUCCAAGUCUGAAGGUUUGCAAAGAGGUUUGCCAAGCGGCAGCUCCUGAGAUAUCAAAGAUUUUGGAGUCUGUGUGCAAGGCACAUAGAUUACCUUUAGCCUUAGCGUGGGCCCCAUGUUUCCGGGAAGGUAAAGGUGGAUGCCGGCAUUUUGAUGAGAGCUAUUCUUAUUUCAUUUCUUUGGUGAAUUCUGCUUACUUUGUAGCUGAGAGAGACGACUGGGGAUUCUAUAUGGCUUGUUCCGAGCAAUACCUCUCCUUUGGUCAUGGGAUUGUUGGAAGAGCAUUCGCAACAAACAAACAGUGUCUUUCAACUGACGUAGCAGCCUUUAGCAAGACAGAUUAUCCACUCUCUCACCAUGCUAAAAUGUUUGGGUUGCAUGCUGCCAUAGCCAUUCCACUACAAAGCUCCUAUGCUGGAUCGGCUGAUUUUGUCUUGGAAUUAUUCUUGCCAAAGGAUUGCCGUAACACUGAAGAACAAAAACAAAUGUGGGACAUAUUGCCUAUCACCGUACAACAGGCCUGUCAGAGUUGGCAUGUUAUCAUGGACAAGGAGCUUGAGGAAACAGUCAACAAGAAAAUGGUAGUUGCUUCAGAUGAGAGAUUUCAUAAAGAUGAAUCUCAGAAAUUUACAUCUUCAUUGUUCAAAGAUUCCUCUAAAGCACAGUCAUCCUGGAUUGCCCGUACGGUGGAGGCUCAGCAGAAAGGUAAAGGUGUCUCUGUCUCAUGGGACCAUACAAAAGAGGAACCUAGAGAAGAGUUCAAGGUAAAAUCUCAAUGGGGUAGGACUCAGGACGAUAUGUACCACAAACAGGCGUUUCCAGCGUUCGGGCAAUUUCAGCAAAAUUCUGGACCCAAAAGCAGUAUCGAAGCUGGCACAGAUUCAUCUUCUGCUGGGCGCCACUCAUUAGGCAGCAUAAAAUUUGGUGACAAGAGACGGACCAAGACAGAGAAGACAAUCAGCUUGGAAGUUCUUCGACAGCAUUUUGCAGGAAGCCUUAAAGAUGCUGCGAAGAGUAUAGGCGUGUGCCCCACCACUCUGAAAAGAAUAUGCAGGCAGCAUGGCAUCACCCGUUGGCCCUCUCGAAAGAUUAAGAAGGUUGGCCAUUCAUUGAAGAAACUUCAACUCGUGAUUGACUCAGUACAAGGUGCUGAGGGUGCCAUUCAAAUGGGUUCCUUCUACGCAACUUUCCCAGAAUUGACCUCUCCAAAUCUUUCUGGUAAUGGUGGUCUUCCAUCAACCAAGACAGAUGAAAAUUUCAAGCAGUUAAACCCUCAAACUGAGAGUGGCAUAUUUAGUGCUGCACCUAGUGCUUUAAAAUCCCCAUCCUCAUCAUGUAGUCACAGUUCUGGAUCGAGUAUCUGCUGUUCCAUUGGAGUAAAGCAGGACACAACCACCAUUAAUGGCUCAGUUAGCGGGGAUCCAUUAAUGGUAGAGGACCCUGGUGAUGUGCUCAAGAGAACACACAGUGAUGCGGAACUGCAUGCCUUGAAUCGUGACGAAACAAAGCUUCUCGUGAGAUCUCAAAGCCACAAAACAUUUGGUGACCUUCCAAGUCCAAAGAUUCCGCCGCCCCUCCCAAAAAGCAGUAGUCGCGUUAUACGUGAUGUGGGUAGCUUUAGAGUGAAGGCCACUUUUGGAGCAGACAAAAUCCGGUUCACCUUGCAACCAAACUGGGGUUUCAGGGACUUGCAACAAGAGACUGCAAGGCGUUUCAAUUUAGACGAUAUCUCUGGAAUUGAUCUCAAGUAUUUGGACGACGAUCAAGAGUGGGUUCUUUUGACAUGUGAUGCUGACCUCGAGGAGUGUAGAGAUGUCUAUAAAUUGUCUGAGAUCCAUACAAUCAAAAUAUCCCUUCAUCAACCUGCUCAACCACAUCUGGGAAGUUCAUUGGAAUCUAGAGGGCCACAUCUGGGAAGUUCAUUGGGAACUGGAGUGCCAUUCUAAAGCCACAGCAAGUUUCUAAAUUCUAAUAGAUCAUGGCAUUUAAGAUUAACAGUGUAAAUUUUCUUCUUUGGUGACUCUUGGUUUGAUUGCCCUGCAUCUAGUAGCUUGUGAAAUGGCUUGGGAUUCUGUAAGCAAUUCUUUCCAGUUUCAUGUUUGCAUUUAGCAUUGCAGCCAUUGAAUCUUAUUUUACAGUUCAUUGGCUAUUUAGAGGAAAUAAGGAUAUAUUUAAAUCAUUGGUUCAAAAUAAGCCUUUCGAUUGCC